UACAAGUCAUAACUCUGCUUCACUAUCAGGCAGACAGCAGCACAAAAUCCCAUAAAAACACACACACACACAGAGUCACUCUCUUGUGUUUGGGAAACAGGAAAAAUGGCUGACUUCAUGGAAACAGAUGAAGAAUUACCGGAUUUCACCUUAGCUGAGGCUAUGGAAAUGACCACUUUGUUUAAAGGAUUAAAAAAAAAACCAAUCAGUCAAGAGCUCUGUCAAGAACUUGCAACCAAAUUUAGUUGUUCACCUUACCGUACUGGAAAAUCUUCAAUAAAAUGGGAACAGGUGCAAACUUGGUUUCUGAAUAGGCAGAUAAAGAGAGCAGCUAAAGCCAAUUCUGGACUUGUUGAUGAGAAAGAACCUGAUGUUCCUCGAUCUCGACGAGGAAGACCAAAAUCUAAAAAGACGAGUUCUCUAGUGUUUUCGAGAAAUUACAACACUGGUGGUUACACAAGACUCCCAGAUUGUGCAUUUGACAUGCCUCAGAGGCCCAAAGUUUCUGCGGCAGAGAUGGCCAAAGAACUCUCGGGGUUGGCUUUUGAAGCUCAGUCAGCAAAGGAUUUAGCUUGGUUUGAUGUGGGCUCAUUUCUCAACUUCAGAGUUCUUCGCACAGGCGAGCUUGAAGUUAAGGUAAGAUUUGCUGGCUUUGGUAAUGAAGAAGAUGAAUGGGUGAAUGUUAAAAAGGGAGUGCGUGAACGUUCUGUUCCCUUACAGCCCUCAGAGUGUGACAGGCUGAACGUUGGAGAUCCCAUUAUGUGCUUCAGGGAAGAUGAAUAUCUCGCGGUAUAUGGGGAUGCGAUGCUUGUGGAUAUCCAAAAGGAAUUGCAUGAUAAUACAACAUGCACAUGCAUCUUUGUCGUCCGCUACGACUUAGAUAAAGCUGAGGAGAAAGUUACACUUGACAAAAUAUGUUGCAGACCAACCUUCAGCAAUAGUGAAGUACACUAAGUCGUGCUAGUGAGCUUUGGAUACCAGUUAAACAAAAAAAGAAGAAGCUGGGAAUAGGAGGCCAAGUGUUCAAAACUCUACUAGUACUACAACAACAACAUACCCAGUGUAAUUCCACAAGUGGGUCUAGGGAGGAUAAGAUGCAUGCAGACCUUACCUCUAUCUUUGGGAUAGAGAGGUUGUUUCCGAUAGACCCUCGGCUCAAAAAAACAAUAACUCUGCUAGUAGUUACCUAAAUUAUGUGUAUAAUGCAAGUUUCAUGGAAGCAAUCGUAAAUAACUGUGACUCAACCGGGGAUUCCGAUUGGAUUUCUUAAUGGUUGGUAGAGUCUUGAACAGUGUAUUUUUAGAAACAGAGAGCCUCCGGAGCGUAAUUAUGCAGAAAUUUUGGAUAUUAGAGCAAUGUAAUAUUUAGCAUUCGUUUGCUUGUUCUAA